AUGUUUCCUGGAAUUUUGCCUGUCAAUCGCUUUAUUUGCAGCGAAGAUACAAGCUCUUUAGAUACUCUGGUCAAAGACAUCAUUGGCUCCCCUCCCGUCGUUGUGGUCGGUCUUCCUUCUCCUCGCUGCGGUCGGUCUUCCUUCUCCUCGCCGCCAUCGCCACUGCUUCUUCCACCCUCGCCGGCGUCAGACCUUCUUUCUCCUUGCGAACAUCCUUUUCUUCCUUCCCGUCGCUGGCAUCCUGAACUCGUUUGGGCUGCCAUACAUGAAGCCAUGGAACAACAAACAAUAUCCAUAACCAAAGCAGGAAUAACAACAAUUUUGAAUUCCAGGACUUCUGUAUUAGCUGCAACAAAGCCUCCAUCAGGUCGUUAUAAUGAUCUCAAAACUGCACAAGAUAACAUUGACUUAUAG